AUGGUUGCUGGAAGGAAUGAUGAUGCGCUUGCGGCGACAUUGACCCUGUUGGCUGGUGCCAUUCUGCAAAUGAAUGAUGGUGAUCGGGAGCGUGAUGCUGAUGAGUUUCAUGCUUUGUGGAAGUUCCAGAGGAACAAUCCGCCAACUUUUGAAGGAGCUCAUGAACUUGAUAAAGCUCAAGAGUGGUUGAAGGCGAUCGAGAAAAUCUUUCGAGUUAUGAACUGUUCAGAUGCGCAGAAGGUGCAGUUUGGCACUCAUAUGCUUGAGAAAGAAGUUGAGGAUUGGUGGUGCAACACUGUUCAGAGAUUUGAUGAGGAUGGCAUUGAAGUGACUUGGGUAUUUUUCCGUGAUGCUUUUCUAGAGAAAUAUUUUCCAGAAGAUGUUUGUGGAAAGAAGGAAAUUGAAUUCCUUGAGUUGAAGCAAGGUAAUGGUACUGUAGCUAAGUAUGCUGCAAAGUUUGAGGAGUUGAUCAAAUUUUGUCCCCAUUACAAUAUUGUUAAUGCUGAGAGAUCCAAGUGUCUUAAGUUUGUGAAUGGCUUGAGACCUGAUAUCAAGAAGGUAAUGGGUUACCAACAGAUUAUGAGAUUUUAUGAGUUGGUUAACAAGAGUAGGAUCUAUGAUGAGGAUAGCCGUGAGAGUGUUGCUCAUUACAAGUCCUUGCAUGAUAAGAAAGGAAAAUUCCGAGGGAGGUCGUAUGAUGGUAAGAAGAAAGUUGGUGAUGGCAAGAAGCCGAGUGGGGGAGGAUCUCACACUCCUGUCAACUACUUCAGAUGUGGUGUUUAG